CCUACAGUUUCAGGAGAACUUCAGUCAGUCGUCCAUCCCUGUGUGGAGAGGAGUCGAGUUUUUCUCCCUCACGCUCGGCAGGAUCGGCAGCAGGCCUCCACCUUCAGAAACUAGCAGAGCCAAACAUCCAUCGAGAUCACACAAUGAGGAGUGGAGUAGGCCUAUGUGUGCUGGGCCUGCUGUGCCUCCACAGCUCUGUCUUUGGGCAGGAGGCAGUGGACGUCCAACCAGGCGUCCUUAUCUUCUGCGAUGACCCAUCUGUAGAGAAAGCUGUCAGCAGCGCUCUGCACAAGUUCAAUGAGAAGUUGAGCACUGGACACAAGCUGGCCCUCUAUCAGAUACUGACAGCCAGCAAGUCAGAGAACGGCUCAGACUCGGUGUAUUCACUGCAGUUCACCAGCAGGAGGAGUGACUGUCCUGCCGGGAGCAACAAACCCUGGAGAGACUGUGACUAUCUGUCUACUAGACGCAAGGAGCCGAUUUCAUGCAAUGCCACAGUCUACUUGACAGAGGCGGAAACAGACACUAAGCAGGUGGAUUGUGAGCUCGAUGAUUACGUCGUUCCAGAGAAAGCUUCCUGUCUGGGCUGCCCUGAGAAGAUUGAUGAGACCUCAGAGGACCUUAGAGUUCCUCUUUCUGUCUCCAUCUCCAAGUAUAACUCCAUCUCCGACUCUACUCACCUGUUCACCCUGCACACUAUUGCCCACGCCACCAGACAGGUGGUCGCAGGUUUCAGGUUCAAGGUGAGAUUUGAUAUGCAGAAAACCACCUGCGCCAAGGCUGAACACAAAGACCUCAACGAACUGUGUGUCCCUGAUGAUCAGGAUACGGAGUUUACAAACUGUAACUCUACAGUGGAUGUAGCUCCAUGGAGACUUGAGGCCCCGGAGGCCCAGUUAGAGUGUGAACCAGGUGAACUGCCUACGACGUUCAACAGGCGCCGUCCUCCCGGCUGGUCUCCACUCAGGAACAUCCUGUAUGAAGCCAUACCUUCAAAGCCCCCCACUAAAGCCAAAGAAGAAUCAUCUGAGGAGGACUUGACAGCCGUCAAGCCGUCCGGCUCCCCUGAUGUGGCCUCGGAAGCUGGGAAUGACAACCCCUUCCACUGCCCAUCUAAGCCCUGGAAACCUUUCAACCCAGUCCCUCCUGCUGUGCUUGGAGCUCCUACGAAGGCCAGCAUAGAGACGGGCGCCACACAACCGCCAGCAGAAGUCGGCUUCAGUGAUACAGACCUGCUGGCAUAAAAUUUUCCACAUUUAUGUUCAAAAUAAUUUUCACACUCUCCCAACAGAUUUCGUGUUUGUUUUGUAGACUAGUCCUCUAGUUGCAUUGCAGGGACUUCUUCUGGAAGAAACCUCUUCAGGGGUGUUAAGCCGAUUUAAAACUACGGAGGCAAAGAAGAGGGUUGGGUUCAUAAAACAACGAGUUUAGAUUGGGCCCUGUAACUCCUCAGAAAGCACUGGAAAAAUAAGGACUGAAAUGAUGACAGAGCUCUUUAGUGUUAUCGUAUAAAUAACAAGGAGAAAAACAGGUGUUCCUUUGAGUAAAUCAAAGUAAUGAGUAAUGAUUAAAUGCCCUUGGUGUGAAGUUAUAACAGAUGUGAGAAAGCAGAAAAAAAUCUGCAAGAAAGUGAAAUAAAACUUUGUUCUUUGU